UGUAGGGGCGGGCUGGACGGAACACAUGCAGAUUCUGCAAAAUUUUAAGCAAUAUUUUGGCGUCCUAGAAUAUUAAAAGGACAUUGAUUCCAAAAGGAAAUCAAAUCAGAUCACCCACUGUGAGUGUGAGUGAGGGAAUCAGGUAAGGUUUUCCAGAACAAAAAUCAAAGCCCAAUAACCAAAAAGGGAAAACAAUGGCUUUGAAUUUCAAUCUCAUAGCCUCGAAAUCUCAGAAACUCCCUUGUUUUGCUCUUCCACCAAAGACCACCCUCAGAUCUCCCAAGUUUUCCAUGAUCUCCACCAUUCCUUCUUGCUCCACAGAGGUUGGGAAUCUGAAAAAGCCUUUCACGCCUCCAAGGGAGGUGCCUGCUCAGAUCACCCACUCCAUGCCGCCUUACAAGCUUGAGAUCUUUAAAUCUUUGGAGAGCUGGGCUGAGGACAACAUUCUGACUCACCUCAAACCAGUUGAGAAAUGUUGGCAACCCGCCGACUUUCUUCCAGAUCCUAAUUCUGAUGGAUUUCAUGAGCAGGUGAAAGAGCUUAGGGAAAGGGCAAAGGAGAUCCCAGAUGAUUACUUUGUAGUUUUGGUUGGUGAUAUGAUCACUGAGGAAGCCCUUUCAACUUAUCAAACAAUGCUUAAUACCUUGGAUGGAACUCGUGAUGAGACAGGUGCUAGCCUUACCCCUUGGGCCAUUUGGACCAGGGCUUGGACUGCUGAAGAAAACAGGCAUGGUGAUCUGCUUAAUAAGUAUCUGUAUUUGUCUGGGAGAGUGGACAUGAGGCAAAUUGAGAAGACAAUCCAGUACUUGAUUGGAUCGGGAAUGGAUCCUCAUACAGAGAAUAGUCCUUAUCGAGGAUUUAUAUACACUUCGUUCCAAGAAAGGGCGACUUUUAUCUCCCAUGGGAAUACAGGCAGGCUCGCCAAGGAGUAUGGGGAUAUUAACUUGGCUCAAAUUUGCGGUAGCAUUGCCUCAGAUGAGAAGUGCCACGAGACAGCCUAUACCAAAAUCGUUGAAAAGCUGUUUGAGAUUGAUCCUGAUGAAACAGUUCGGGCAUUUGCUGACAUGAUGAGGAAGAAAAUCACCAUGCCAGCUGAGUUCAUCUAUGAUGGCCGAGAUUACAACCUAUUUGACCACUACUCGGCUGUCGCCCAAAGAAUCGGGGUUUACACUGCCAAGGACUAUGUUGAUAUAGUAGAGCACCUGGUGGAUCGAUGGAAGGUAAAGGAGCUAACUGGCCUUUCAGCCGAGGGGCGUAAAGCUCAGGACUAUGUGUGUGCACUUUCUUCGAGAAUUAGAAGGCUGGAGGAGAGAGCACAAGAAAAGGCCAAGGAAGCACCCUGUAUUCCAUUCAGUUGGAUCUUUGAUAGAGAAGUGAAGCUCUAAAGGUCUUGAAAUGCACUCGAGGAAACAAACUUGAAGAAGCUGAAUUCAACUUGUCUUUGUAUUCUGAUGAAAUGGUGCUGGUCUGUGUAAGAGGAAUAGUGCCUGGCUUUAGUAGUUUUAGAUGUUUUGUUGUAUUAGAUGUAGCGUCUGUCUGUCAUAUCAUGUACGAGUAGCAUGUGCUGUGUCGUGUAGGUGUUCUUGUAGAAGCAAACAUUGUUGGUAUCAUUGAUGAUAAAGAAAACAUAAUACUGCAGCAGCAGUUUGUUUGCAAUAAGAAAUUGCAUCUUAAAUUAGGCUUA